GCUGCUGUGACUUUCAGCUAGUCAGCCUGUAAUUGCAGGAGAUUACGGGGAACAUUCACGGCUUUUGCUAGUUUUUAGACAUUUUAAACUUGAUUUAAGUUGGCAACGACCGCUUGUUUCGCCGUGUGGACGCUUCAGACGACAGGAGUCAGAUUGCCUUGUAUAUAAACAAAACGCAGCGAGCUGCUUUUUAAGGUGGCCCGUCGUCAUCCAAGACAGCUGUAAUAACAAGACACCCGUUUGACAAGUUAGCUAACUUGUGUUGGCUGUGCUGUCAAAGAUGGAAAUCUCCGCACAGUUUUGUUAGGAGUAAAACUCCAAAACUUAUGCGCGCUAACAUGAGAGAAGAGGACAGUUUGUUGUCAGGAAGGCAGCCCAUGGCAAGUGAAAGAGGGGGUGAACAUCCCUGCUGCUGCUGCUGCCCCUACUUGACAGAGGAGAAAGGAGCACUUGCUAACGAGAAGGGUGAGCUGAGCCCUCCUGGUUGUUUGUCCAGGUCAAAGUAGUAUAAAACCAGACUUUGUCUCGAUAUGGAGACGGUGGGGAAAUUUGAGUUCAGUCGAAAGGACUUGAUAGGACAUGGCGCAUUUGCUGUUGUCUUCAAAGGCAGACAUCGAGAGAAACAUGACUGGGAGGUGGCAGUAAAAUGCAUAAACAAGAAGAACCUGGCCAAAUCCCAGACACUGUUGGGGAAAGAGAUCAAAAUACUAAAGGAACUGAAGCAUGAAAACAUUGUUGCAUUACUGGACUUUCAGGAAACUGCCAGCUCAGUGUACCUGGUAAUGGAGUACUGCAAUGGUGGUGACCUUGCUGACUACUUACACUCCAAAGGCACAUUGAGUGAGGACACAAUUCGGGUUUUCCUGCAGCAGAUUGCAGGGGCCAUGAGAGUCCUACAGGCCAAAGGCAUAAUCCAUAGAGACCUCAAACCCCAGAACAUUCUGCUCUCCAACCCACCAGGUCGCAAGUCUCACUCCAACAACACCUGCAUCAAGAUUGCGGACUUUGGCUUUGCCAGAUACCUUCAGAACAACAUGAUGGCAGCAACUCUCUGUGGGUCUCCAAUGUACAUGGCUCCUGAGGUCAUCAUGUCCCAAAACUAUGAUGCCAAGGCUGACUUGUGGAGUAUAGGAACCAUCUUGUUUCAGUGUCUGACUGGGAAGGCUCCCUUUCAGGCUAGUAGUCCCCAGGACCUCCGGAUGUUCUAUGAGAAAAACAAGAAUCUCAGCCCCAACAUCCCCAGAGAGACUUCAAGCCAUUUGAGGCACUUGCUGCUGGGUCUGCUGCAGCGCAACCACAAAGACCGCAUGGACUAUGAUGAGUUUUUUUGUCACCCUUUCUUGGAGGCUAGCUCAUCCGUGAAAAAGAUAACUCCUACUGUGACCAUGACCUGCUUCCCAAGCUCAGCAUCCGCCAGCUCCUGCAGCAGUUCCUCCACCUCACACCUCGCCUCACCGCCGCAGUCUCUUGCUGAAGGUCAGCAUUUGCGUGCCAAAGCUCUGGCCUCCCCUACACAAGAGGCCACUGGUUUUCUCCUCAAGGACUCAUCUGGAGGCGGCGGUAGCAGCAAGAACUCCUCCUCCUGUGACACAGAUGACUUUGUCAUGGUGCCAGCUCAUUUCAUCACAGGUGAGCUGACAUGUGAGAGUAAAGUUCUGCAGGACAGCUUGAUGAACAGUGGCUCUCUUCUGGCUUCUGCUGGUCUCUGUAUCCAAACCAAAACACCACCACACUCCCCCUCCUACAGUGGCUCUCCAAGUCCUGUCAGGCCCAUUGAGUUCUCGGGAAGUAAUUAUGGUGGUAACUAUGGAAACCAUGGUCAGUCAUUGCCUAUCCCAGUCCCCACUCAGGUCCAGAACUACCAGCGCAUGGAGCAGAACCUCCAUUCUACCAAACAGGAUGGCUCACCACGGCUGUCGACACCGGUGCGUCGUUGCAGCAGUGGAAGCUUGUUGGGCUUUGCUCGGACCGGGCCUUCACCACCCUUCGGGCAGGGAGCAGUGACCACCACCCGCAGGCUUUCCCUGGGAGGCGCCAGAACUUUCCAGCUCUCUCCUCAAGCUCCUCAACCUACUGAGCCCCAGCCGACUUCUCAGCAACAACACCUACAAGCAACAGGACUGGGCACACGGCUCCACAGUGCCCCCUGUCUGUUGGAGUGUGCCAGUGGUAGCGGCAGGCAAAAGAUCAGGAAGCAGCACUCAGACCCGGUGGUGGCCCCCUCGGCAGGCCUGAUGACUAUCCGCCACCUACACUCUUCGCCCAGACUCAGUGAGCUGCUGCAGCGUAACCCCCUUCCCACCAUCUUGGGCUCCCCUUCCAGGACCAUCCCUCCAUUUGAAUUCCCCAAGCCUCCCAGCUCUCCGAACCUUAUGACCUUCCUGACACAGCAGGGUUUGGUCAUCGGCUCCCCUUGCAGCAGGACUGUCCCAGCAGAGCUCAGAGACGCAGGACAACAAACACCUACACAGGUCACCCAGCCUGCCCACUGCAUCCACAGAAUGAGUGAUGAUACCAAGGGAUUUGGAAAGUCUCAGAGCACCGGCCGUCUGUCUGACAUGCUGCUGAUGGCUGCAUUUGGACCAGGUGGACCCAUGGCUGACCGAGGCAGCACAGAAAACCUCAGCUCUGAAAAAGCCAUAGAUAUAACAGUGCCCCCAUGUGGAGGGGGAGGAACUGCACCCGCCUCCGGCAGCCCAGCACAGGUGGUUUUCACCGUUGGCUCUCCUCCAAGCGGCAGCACCCCACCUCAUACAACAAAACAGAGGAAAUACUCCGGCUCGUGCACUUCAAUCAGUCCUGCAGGGUCUUUCACCAGCCGCCACCCCCAGACAGGCACCUAUCUGGAGGGCUUUGAGGCUCCUUCUAGCCCUCGUUAUAGCUUUUUUGAUCCUAUCACAGCCAACAUGGGCGGUCCUGUAACCUUCGAGGCUCCUGAGCUGCCUGAGGAGACCCUGAUGGAGCAAGAACAUACAGAUACUGUGCAAAGCCUGCGUUUCACAUUGGAUUUCGCCCGUUGCCUGAUGGAGGUGGCUGGAGCCCGUGGGGUUGCAUUGGUGGAGGAGCAAGAGGACGCCUCGCAUCCCUCCCUCCUUCAGCAGCAGAGCCUAGUAGCAGAUCAGAUAAGCUCACUGAGCCGAGAGUGGAGUCAUGCAGAACAGCUGGUUCUCUACCUGAAGACUGCAGAACUCUUGUCCACUGCCUUACACACAGCCAUGGAUCGAGUUAAACAGGGCAAACUCUACCCAUCUUCUACAGUUAAACAAGUCGUGAGGAGACUAAAUGAGCUGUACAAGUCCAGUGUGGCUUCCUGCCGCUCACUCAACACCCGUCUGGAGCGCUUCUUUUCCAGGAAGCACCGUCUAAUGGACCAAAUCACCUCUAUCACAGCUGAGCGGCUGCUGUUUAGCCACACUGUGCAGAUGGUUCAAACUGCUGCGCUGGAUGAAAUGUUCCACCAGGGGGAAGCAUCAGUUCUGCGCUAUCAUAAAGCUCUCCUGCUGAUGGAGGGCCUGUCUCUGCUGCUAACUGAACAGGAUGAUAUCCUUAGUGUUAGCAAAUGUAAGGAGUGCAUCGAGCGUCGCCUCACAGCCUUGCAGUCAGGACUCUGUGCUUGAUUGACCCAUGCUGCAUCUUGGAGUGUGGUUAUGAUGUCAGUCAUUUGCACCCUGCACAUUACCAUAAACAAACUCUCCACCCCCACUUCAUGGUGUUCACAUAGAAAUGCUUUUGUUUUCAGAAGAAACCCACAAGGCUUCGGUUUCCACCAAACCACCAACAUAUGUACUCACUGAGUGGCUUGCCAUGCAUCUUAAGUUUUGGACAGUUGCAGUGACUUCUCCAACACUAAACCUGGACCGGUGUUGGACAUGAAGCACUUGUGCUGUGAACGAAUGUCUGCUUUGUCGCCCAUUGAGAGGACUCAUCUCCUGGCACUGAAAAUGUUAUUCUUUGCCAAGGUGAAGAUUCCCCUCAUGAGGCGUUACCACAUGCAGGAGCAUUUAUUGCCAAACAGUCACAUACCCUCAUACAGUACUUAAACAGAUAGUGUUUUAAGGACAUAUGUACAGUACAUGCUACGAAUUUGCAGUCGGCAUCUCUACAAACAAAAUGAUCAGUAGCUGGAGGGAAAGUACAGUGUACUGCUGUGCACUUACAUACAGUAUGGACGUGUGCUGAAGAAGACUGGGAAUGGCCAGGUAUCAUUCUCAUCAAAUGUGUUUGUCUUAUACACCUUAUUUGCUUUACAGUGUUUAUUUUUAGUUUUGAAUCUUGUUACUUGCUUGCUGCAGAGAAGUAGAAGUAUAUAUAAAUAAUUGCUACAGGUGGUGACUGGAAACUCAUAUAAGCACUAAAACAAAACUGUUGCCAAAAUUACAAAAAAAGGAGUUAUAAUUUUGUGUUACAUUUUAUUUUAGAUUCACUGCAGAUAACUAUGCUGGGUUGGACAAAAACCCUGUGUUUGACACUUUACUGAUUCUAUACUUGGUUAAUGUCAAAGACCAUGUCCCUUGAUUGAAACAUUGAUUUAACAGGACUUUGUUUUCUAUACCUACAUGGUGGCAGGUGUUGAGGCAACUAGCUGGAAAUAGGUCCAUAAAACAUUCAUUAUCCCAAUGGUACAUGUAAAAUAUAGCUUUUAAACCAAGUGAUAGUGAAACUAGCAUCCCUGAUCACAAUCAUGUUAAAGAUGCUGCAAUAAUAUGGGAUGUAUUAUUCAGGUAUACAGAUGCUUAGAUGCUGCUGUUGCUAGUAAUCUCUUCACAAGAUUCCAUAUUCUGUCUUUUCAUAUUUUAUCUUUCAAUCACGUUGGAGCUAAGCAAGUAUAAUCAAAUUUGAAUGUAAGGGUUAGAAGAGAAUCAAUGUUAGAUAACUAACAUUGAGGCUGAUCCGGGGGGCUAAUAUCUGAAUGUUUUUGCACUGUUGAAGUACUGUACAGAGUGAUUUUGAGUGGAACAUGCGAAAAAAAUUAUCUUUUUUUGUUGUUUUUUUGUUUUUUAGAGGUACCUUGACAGAUUUGCUUAUUUAGAUAUUGACUUCCGUAUUUUUAGUACUGUUUUAGUUGUAUUAUACUUACUGUCAAAAGGUAAUGUAUGUUAAAUGUAAGAAUGUUGACAAAGAGAUGGUAUAAGCUAUGAAACCUUUGGAAAGAUUUAUUUAAGAAGAAAAAAAAAAGGAAAAAAAUCUUUACACUGAAAAAAGUUGUGCAUUAAGUGUGUCAGUAGGGGAAGAUUGUGUCUGAUUUUGAAAAGUGUUGAUUUGGAGUGCUAGUUGAAAAUGUGUAUUUUACCUGAAAUAUUUGUGUAUUGUCGAUAUUGACCUUAGCCAUAACUCCCCAACAGGAUCCUGUAACUCCCCUAAAUUCUGGGCCGAUUGGGAAGGGUCAACUUCUAUUUGUUUGUUGCUUUAAAAAAGAAAUGUGUGCAUGCAUGCAUGUAUGAAGUAGUGUUGUUUGAGGUAUUACUGGACAGUGGGAUUUGUCCAGUACAGAACUAAUGACAUAGCUUGAUGACUUGAUGAUUUUUGACUCCAUAGAUAUGAUUGACUCCACUGAAAAUCAAGUGGUUCCUCUGGUAACCCACUACCAGGCCCAGUAGUACCUUCUUCUACUUGAGGUGUAUUUCCCCUGCCUUUUUAAGUUAUAAAGAUGGUGAAUAAGUUCACAUUUUAGAAGAAAGGCGUAGAUGUGUGGUUAGGGCUGAAGAAAGUUUACACAGAGAUUAAGAAGCCAGUAUAGUAGCAGUGUCAGCUGAACAGAGUGGAGGAAAGGUUUUUCUCUAAAUAUACAUUACGUGUAUUUGCUUUGUGGCCUUUUGUCUUUUUUCAGAAAACUUAACCUGAAAUGUUUGUAGAUGUUACUUUACUGAGAGCACUCUGCGUGUGUAUAAUGUCUGCUUAAGUGUACAUUCCUUAUGUCUUUCACCCCUUAUAUUUUUUGUUCAGUCAGGAUAUAGUGGCAAUGUCUCAAAAGAUACAGGUAGCAGAAAGUGAGGACCUCUUUUGUAAAACUGAUGCAUGUGUCACUUUUUAUUGUUUUCUGCAAUCAUUGCUGUUGGCCACCCUAAUGAUUAAUAUCUUUGGUAGGAAUCAAAAACACCAUGAAGAUGAUUUGUGCAGCAGUUGAAAUAAGUAAAGAGUACAGUGACAUGCACAUGCCCACUCUGCUGAAGUGGCCUUGAACAAGAUACUGACUCUCAAUCAGCUCCAGGGCUGCUCUUAAGAUAUAAUGAAGUGUAACCAUCACAAAGAUUCAGUUUGAGCUAUGUGCACUCCAGAUCUGUCAUUGAUCUUCAUUUUUUAUUUUUAUAUGUUUCCUAAGACCAUGCCUGAAUGUUUUCAUUUUGUGUUUUCACCUUUCUCAUUCUGUAUCACCUGUAAAUAUUGUAAAUUAAGUUAUUGCUGUCACUGUAUAUAUGAAUCUGCAGGCAUGGAGAAAACAGUACCAUACCACCCACACAUUUCCAAAGAGUACGCCUUCUGCUGAUCUUCCAUAUUGUCUCUUACAGUUUCAAAGGCAUUUUAAUGUUGUCAUAUAUCUAUGACAGACACACUAUCUUGGUGUCCCUGUGCGUAAUGUAACCUUUACUGUUUGAGUUGCAACUUGAAUAAAGUGAGAGGAAAAGUAA